UCAAUUCAAUCUCGAAUCUCGCUGUUUGGAUGUGACUGAUGUGAUGUGAGAAAUUUCGUGUAAUUUUUGUCUACAAGCUGUCAGACUCAGACGAAGUAUAAACAUUUUAUUACUGUCAAUAUCGUUUACUUUUUAUUUAAUAUUAUACACGUUUGUAAGGAACAGUUUCUAUCUUGUGAAGGGCAAGCAGCCUUGUUUUAAUCGAAAAUCGUAUUUUACAGUAAUGUUAUUUUUCAGUUUGUUUAAAGAUGUGAAUUGAAAUUCUAAGAAAAUGUUGAAUUUACAUUUGGUUUUCCUCCUUAGCAUUGUGUCAUCAGGGUAUGCCUGGCGGGUUAGCUUGACCAGCAAUGCUCCAGUGGUCAUCGGAGGAACUGUGCAAUUCCGAGCAGAAAUUACCGAAGACAACGGACAUCAUGCAAGUGGCGAAUAUCAGUUCCGCUUUCGAGACAAUGCCAUUCCCCAACACUCAAAAACAAUUGACGGACAGUUCACCUCGGCGUCUUGGGAGGUAACAUACAACAAAGACGACUACAGCCCAGGCACUUAUGAGGUUCAAGUGGAAAUAUAUCGAUGGACGUUUUUCUUAUGGAAUAUUGGUAGUAAGAGGAUCUAUUUUGAUCUCACAGCACUUCUCAACGGCGGAAUGAACAUGACGCAGAACAAUAAAACAGUGACGGAAGACUUUGUCAGUUCUGCCACAGAAGUAACACAUACAAUCUACUUCUCCGAGCCUGAUAAAUCGUUUCUGGAUAAGAAAGCUACGUCGGUGGUCGCUUAUUGGUUCGUCAGCUGUAUCUACUACGGCGCAACGUCAGACCUUUCGUUCAAGUAUAACUACACAAACGAUGCCGAUCAAACUAUGCAUGUGGAAGCGUUGGUUGUGGCGUCUUUUGAACCCCUCCCUCCUCCUACCACACCUGCUCCAACGACUACGAUAGCACCGACGGACAAACCUACGUCCACUCCCCCCACCACUACAACCGCAGCUGCGACUACGACAGUCAAACCCUCCAAUAACAUAACAGCUUUGGUGCAGCCUAACUUGAAGCUUGGAACGAACGUUUCUGAGAUUCCAAUUCUCCCUUAUGUUUGUCUCAACACUUCAAUUAUAGCUCCGGAUCCGAAGAAGACGUAUGGAUACUUUUCUACCAAGGUGGAUGUUAAAGCGCCUGUGUCGAGUGUUAGUUGGGUAGGCAACAACUGGCUCCAACACGGAGACAUUCUGAACUUGUCAGUGUCGUGUAACGGCUCGGCUCCCUUCCUAUACUGCUUCCAAGUGAUGGUGGGAGAGUACAACGUCACAGGCAAUGAGACGUGCAACCAUGAGACACUUAUAACAGAUUGCCAGUUGAUGCUGCCGCGGUACAUCCACUACCCUGGUACUUACACAGUGUUGAUCAUCAUCAGCAACUCCGUGUCCCACAAAGUCACUCCGGUGGGAGUAAAUAUAUACGAGGUGAAAAAGCACCCCCAAUUGUCAGUGAUCGUGGUUCCCGUGGUGUGUUCAGGGAUAGCUGUCAUCUUGAUAAUCUUCGGAGCUGCCUACUACAUGCAAAGCCGGCAUAGAUAUACGAUAGAAGUUGCUGACUUUGACUUCGCCCAGGCUAACGACUUGGAGUACAUGACGUUUGGACAACGUCUGAAAGCAGCGCUGAACAACUACCUCAACCGACCUGACCACAAUUGUGAGAUAGACGCUUUGUCAAAAAUCGAAAACACUUCCAAACUGAGCGGAGAUAAAGUCUUAGGUCUGGACAAAGACACUCAAACCCCGACGAGGAGGGAUUCUAAGCCUGACGACGGAUAUGAUAAAGGAAAUCAAAGUUGUAGUGGUGAAUCUCAAAAAGAGAUUCUUGACGUAAAAUCUUUGGCUGGUGGUGUAUUAUCAGAGCAAAGUGAAAAAUCAGAUUUUCCCACUGACCCUAAUUCUGAUGAUUCAGAUUCAAAUAUUUCAUCCAAUACGACUUCGACGGUUACGUUAGAAUCGACCAGCACUCUGAAUGAUGGGAAUAAUUAUUGCCGAAUAGAAAAUUCCCAAGGAAGAUACUGACCAUUUACGGCCACCGGCAUUUAGUGUUUGCAUUGUAAAGCUCAGAUAUGUAGCCGAAUUUGUGGUGAAAUAAUAACAUUUUUAAUGGUACAGUAAAUAUAAAAAAAUUUAGUUUUUAAAGCUUUAUGUAUAAAUCCCUGAGCAAAAUUUCUUAUUGGAUUUUAUUUCUGGCUCUGAGUGGAAUUCGGUGCUAUAACUUCAAAAGCAUUAUUGAUGUAUAUUACUUUCCUACAGUAAAUACAAUUUGAAUUUGUUAAUGAGGCAACACUAUAGAACAUAUCUUUUAUACUUAAGUGAAGUGAUGGCUUAAAAGUUGUAAAUAUUUGUUAACUAUUGUUAGUGUUAUAUCAUAUUUUGAAUUGAUCAUUUUAACUACUGUGUGGUUUAAUUUAUUGCAUGUUUUUAUGUUGUCGUCUGGAAAUUACACACAUAUAAUUUCACAUUAAACUGUCCAAAUAAUGUUUUAGCUUGUGCUAAAGUUUAUGUUUAAAAUAGUCUACAUUAUUUUAAAACAAAUCAACAUUACUAACCAGUUUGUAUCGUUAACUGUAUGAAUUUAUCUUGUAAACUAAUUAAUUUAAUUUUUUUUUAUUAUAUUUGUUUAAACUAAUUCUUAUAUCUGUUAGCAAGAAGUGUCUUUAUGGGUUUGAUUAAUUUUAAACUCUACAAUCAUUAGUUUUAAAAUAUUUAUCUUUGCCAUAGCUAUUUAUUUUUAUAUCGAGUUUUGUAAAUUGAUAUUGUACUUUGAUGAAAAUGUCUACUUAGCUUUUUCUGUAAGGUCAGAUUACCUUGAACCUAAACUGAAUGAAAAUAUUUUUUUUCUUUCAGUUUGACUCAAACUUUAAUUAUUUUUAAACCAAAUUAAAAAAAAAAACUAUUGUACAUGUUUUAGAGGCAAAAUUCCAGUAUUGGUCUAUUUUUCCAUUGAAAAUAAAUUUUAACAUAGUUUACAUCACACAUAGUUUGCGAGUUGAUAAAUUAAAUUUAUGGAAUAGUUUGAAUGGCAAAAAAUCAUCUACAUUAUACAUUUAAUAAGCUCACAUAAUAACAUUACCUUUAUUGCAUCAAUACUUAAGUCUGUAAUAUCACAUUUUGUUAUAAAACACAUUUUUUCAAUAUUUAUGUGUAAAGAAUAUCCCUCUCAAGAAUUAUUGAAAUUUUCUUAUUUUAUUUUUAUUAAUAUCACUAAAGUGACUGAACAGUUUUUGCUGCCUCAUUUUAUUUCUAUUGAACGGGAAAGAAAGUAUUUUAACAUGCACAGUUCCAGGGAAAAAAAUUUUAUUUAAUUCAAAUUCAAAUUAAUCUUUGUGUUUAAUUUUGGUAAAAGAAAUAUUUACUUAGAAAUGAGGUAAGCACCUCCAAAUUUAUUUUAAAGUGAUUAACAAAUUUUAUCAAGUAUAAAAUUGGAUUUGUAUUUCAAUUUACCAAAGUUACAAAUGCAUAUUUAACUGAAAGUUUAAAGGGUUAAGUAAAAAGGAUCGAGUGGUUUCUGUUUAGCUCGAAAGUAUUUCUUCAUUUUAACAUUUGAACUGUCACUGUUUUUGGUGCAUACAUGCAUCAUGGUGUUAUAUAUAUUUUUUUUUAUUUUCCUGUAAAACACUAAGAAAUUGUAUGUUUAUUAUAUAACGUAAGCUUUGACUAUGAAUACAUUAAUGUAGGCAUCCCGGACAAUAUAUCCAAGUUGUGCCCAGAUUAAAAAAAGAAAAGUACUUAUGUCAAUCAGUUACCGGCAGAGCAAAUAGAGUUUUGAAUACACACCAACUCUUGCAAAAUUAAAAGAGAAAUAAUAAGUAAAAAAAGCACCUACGUCAUCAUAUUAGCUACUAUUUCCUCCAGUACAAACUGGCAACAGCUGAUUCAUAUAGAUGGGAUGUCUACUUUUGUAUCCAAAUUUGUGGUACCUAAUUUAAUAAUCCUGUGUAAAUAUUAAAUUUUCAUGCCGCUUGCACAAUCAAAAACUCACAUUUUUAAACCUAUAAGCUGUUUAUCCUCUGAUUAAGUUGUAUGUACAUCUCCCUCAUGUAAUUAUACUAAAAUAUUUGUAUAUACCUAUUGAUGAAUCUUGUAACAAUCAUAAUAUUUUUCCGAUCGGGAACAUUGUCUGUGAUAGGAAUGAAGGUAAAUAAGAUGGCUGUUAUUUCUAGUUUUAUUUUACGUAAUCCAAGCACAUUGAGGUAUAUAUUAAUUUAAUCUCUCAUGUAUACAUUUAAUAAAUACAGUAUUUCUAUA